AGCAGCAGCAGCAGCAGCAGCAGCAGCAGCAGCAGCAGCAGCAGCAGCAGCAGCAGCAGCAGCGGGAGCGGGAGGUGGGGAGGCCCACCUGCGCCACAGGAUGUGCACUGCUCCAGAGUGUUGGCGAAAAUCGUCGUGUACGUCCCAGGGGGACAAGGGAAACUCUCCAGCUGCAGUCAUCAGCAGCAGCAGCAGCAGCAGCAGCAGCAGCAGCAGCAGCAGCAGCAGCAGCAGCAGCAGCAGCAGCAGCGGGGGGAGGGGGAGUCUGUUGGAUCUGCUUUUUCUGGAGUGUUCUCCUGGCGUCUGUCUGUGUCGGUUGA